UCCGUGUCUCCCCCUUUCUCUCUGUCUCCCUCUCUCAUUCCCUCUCUCCGCUGCCAGAGAGAGAGAUGAUCGGAGAAGAGGAGUCUCAGUGAACAGAGUGAAGCGAUGGAGAGAUGCUCCAUCUCUCCUGCCGCACGACUGACUGCCCUCAUCUCCCUUCUCCUGGCCGCCCUGCUGGUACGGCCCUCCACCUGUAACCGUGACGACAUUGAGGGCGAGGAACAGGUGGACGCCCUGUCCGUCCAGCUGUCCGUCACGGCCCAGGUCACACCCACACCUCUGUGGGCGGUGGUCUGGGGUCCAACGCAACCCCUGGAGGAUGAGACCUACCAUUUCCUCUCUGGCCAGGAAACCGACCACCUGCGCCUGCAUGGGAGUCAGCAGGAGGACAGCACCGCCACGGCCGAGAACUGGCCUUAUCCCGACGCAAGCUUGCAGCCCCAAGAGAAGGCGCCGCUGGAGUCCAGGGACCAGGAGGGAGCGGAGGACGGAGGAACGGAGGCGGAGGAGACGGAGCUUGAAGAAGUGGACCCUCAGUUCUACGUCACCGUGACCAUCUCCUCGCUGCUCAUCCUGACAGCAGUCGUCAUUACGGCCAAACUCUGUUACGAUCGCAGCUGUUCCCAGCAUCCACCCCCGCUUUCCCGUGGCGUGCCCCCCCCUCUCUCCCUCGCACUUCCCCGUUCCCUCGCUUCGGAGGACAGCCGGCAGACGCUGCACAGCGCCUCCUCCUCCUUCACCGACAGGGAGAGGAUCCCAGUAGUGAACCUCUGAGGUGACUGUUUUUCCAUAUGGUAAACUUUAUACGGAGCCCGAGGAGGAACGUCACCAUGACCAGAGGGUGUGCCCGGAGUGCCGUUUUAUUUUCUCUGAAACUGUGAAAUGAAUUCAGGGAUCCCAGGUAUCCAGCCAUCACAAAACUCCCUGGCUUCCCUGAGGUUUAAAAUCAUCUGAGCUCAUCUCCCUGCUUCUCACCCCCUCCUUCCUCUUGCUGUAAAUUUCUUUUGUGGUUCUGCGUCACUGUGACCCGUCCUGUUUUCCACCGAUUGUGCACCCCGAGCUCUGCCAAGCUCCCGAUAGCUCCUCACUUCGACCUGCCACGGCUAAUUCACAAACAAGCAGUUUAACAGCCAUGUGGCAUCUCAUUACCCCUGAAAUUCCCUACCUGCGCUUCCCCGAAUGUUUCCAGUGAUUCGGCUGAGCACGUGGGGCUGUUCAGUGUCGGUGCCAACCCAGCGGACUCUUUUCAUGAAGCGACAAACUCAGUUCGGUUUAAGCGGGCGCGCACGUCUGGCGUGUAAACGGUUAAAAAUCCAUUCUUAGCAUCUCCAAACGCUGAACGGGGUAUUUCACAAAGCUGUUUGGCACGGCUGUAGCCAACAGGCAAUGUGUUUAACAUGUCACGCUCCAAAAACUGCUGUUUAUUCCCCGCUUUGGGCGCCUGAAAUGCAAAUAGUGCGGCUCUUUUCCUCUGCAGUAUGUAGAGGAGUCUGUUUCGUUCCUGUUUUGCCUCAUGAUUUGUUCUCUUAAUUAUAUCGGGCUAACGUUCACCUCUUUGUGGAACACUUUGUUCUCCCUGACCUGUGUAGAGCACCCCGAGAGGUGGAGGUAAAGUAUACCAAACGUGAAUUAAUGGAUAGAAGAACCAUCUCUGUUGAGAAUCAAGGCUUUCCAAAGGUUCGGGCGGUACGCCACAAAGGCAGAUUGAUGUCGUCAUGGAAAUGAGCGUCAGUGAAGUGCACAUGUGAUUAAAGGACUGGUGUCACUACAGCAAGAUUUGUUUUCAGUAUCUCAAUCUGGAAAGCUGGCCCACCAUCACUUCCCCGUAUGUCGUUAUCAGCCGUCAUGAAUGCGCCAAGGGAACGUAGUGCAUCUAGGAGCAUCACUUCUGUAUCUCCACUCAAUCUGCAUGAAUUCGGCGAGAAAAUCUGUCAGAGUCGCUUCAGAUCUUUUAUUUAUAAAAUGUCUAUUUAUCUAUCAGUGAGUGGCGUCUUAUAGAAUGUCUCAAAGCCAAAAGCCACUGUGUGUUUGGCGACUUUUCUAAGCGGCUUUGAGACAUGAACCCCCAGCUAUACACAUUUCCACUACAGACAUAGUGCUGCUGGCGUCAUGCGUGGCUCGUGCAAUCCUCCAGAUAUCCAGUCUUGUGAAUUUUAGUAGCAUUCCUGUAGAAAUGUGGUCUUUCUGUACCAUGGAACUUCAAUAAAUACUCAACACUGGCGUUUUA